AUGGCACCCCAAGCUGAGGAUGCGUACUGCACGCUCGUCAUGAGCGACUCAUACCUGCCAGGUGCCGCCGUACUUGCGCAUUCGCUCCGCGAUGGAGGGGCGACGAAGAAGCUUGCCGCUCUCAUCACACUGGAUACGCUGUCUGCAGAUUCGAUUUCGGAGCUCAAGGAGCUUUAUGACUAUGUGAUUCCGGUACCGCACAUCGGCAACCCGAAGCCUGCCAAUCUUUACCUCAUGGAUCGCGGUGACCUCGCCUACACCUUCACUAAGAUCGCGCUCUGGCGACAGCUCCAAUUCCGCAAGAUCGUCUACAUCGACGCUGACGUGGUUGCUCUGCGAGCCCCCAACGAGCUCUUCGACCUCGAAGCGUCCUUCGCCGCCGCCCCCGACAGUGGAUGGCCCGACUGCUUCAACAGUGGGGUCAUGGUCGUGAGCCCCAACAUGGGAGACUACUGGGCAUUGCAGACGCUAGCUGCAAGUGGAGACAGCUUCGACGGUGCAGACCAGGGGCUGUUCAACCAGUAUUAUGAGCACAAAAGUUGGCACAGGCUCAGCUUCCUGUACAACUGUACCCCGAACGCCCAGUACCAGUGGGAGCCUGCGUUCCGACACUACAAGAGCAAGAUCAGUCUGGUGCAUUUCAUCGGCAAGAACAAGCCUUGGUCCAAAGACUCUCGAUAUGGGGGUGGCUCUGGCGUUUAUAGCGAGCUCUCUGCCCGAUGGUGGGCUGUCUACGACCGACACCUCAGAGAGAAGGCAGAACAUGUCGACGCCGAGACGGUACUCCAGACUGCUCCCAACACGAUACAGCAAGCUGGCUGGGCGAAUGGUCAAUCGACUACACCCGCCUCCCAAGGAGGUGUAGCUUCGCUUACCCAGCCUGCUGUGCAACCAACACACCCCGCACAGCACUCUGAGCACUCUUCCCCUCCUCGGCAGGAGUCGGGAGGGAGGUUUUCGCCGCCCCACAUGGAGUGGGAUGCUACUCGCACGGCUCCUCCAGUAGAGUCACGGCCCGAGGCCGCAAACUUCCCCACCCAGACUUAUACGUUUAGCGAGGACCAUCAUCUCUUCAAAGCACCAGCUGCAUACCCAGAGCCUCCCAAGAACAUGUGGUACGAAGUGCCGGAGGCGAAGCCUGCGCCACAAGUAAUGCCGAAAGCCAUCUUCCCUUGGGAGCAGGAACGUGAAAGGCCGAAGCCUACUCGUGUGUUUGCGGAAGACCUUGCACCGCCUCAGCCAGCACCACAACCUGUCGCUGAUCCUACUGCUUCUUCUGCAGGUGUUCCAGCAACGCUCUCGUCUGAAGGCGACGACGCAACUUCAAAGGGUUCUCCACUAUCCGCAACGCCAAAGACUCCCGAGGAUCCCUGGCAGACCUUCGGACAAACCAGCGCCAACGCUUGGGAUAGCGUUCCUGGAAUUGAGAAAUACGUUCGCGCGGUAAUGGGUGCACAGAUGAAGAAGUCUAAGCCUGCUGGCAUAUCGCUCGAAGGCCUGGUCAAGCCCAUUGAGCUUUUCUCGCCUACUGGAGAAGGCACCAGUGAGCGUCGUGAAAGCCUAAUCUUGACUGACUUCCCCAGCGCCUUUGAGAGGCCGAGUCUUCCGGUGACGCCUGCACCCGUUCGACGACCGACGUUUUGGGGAAACGAACGAGAUGAAACGGGCGAGCUACCAGCCGCUGAAGGGGUACCAUCGCAAGCUGAAUGGAAUCCCGAAGAAAGGCUUGAGACGCUACGUCGCUCGUCUCUCCUCGAACUCGAGCAUCUCAGGCGGGCUUCCGCCUCGAACGCACCUUCACGAGAGCUGCCGGCACACUCAGUUCCUCGUCCUCACAACGAUGCUCAGCACCAUAGCCUUUUGGGUCGUGCGAGCCCGCAAGCACAGGACAAGGCCUCGAAAGACAACGGGCAGGGGCAGGCCAGCCAAGCACAUGAGACUAAGACGGAGACGGCAACGGCUUUAAAAGCAGAGGAUGUAAAGUCUACCGCGGAGACGACGAAGCCGGUUUUCUCGGAGCCGGAUUUUGGCAACCCUCCCGCCGUUGAAGAUGCAGAGUCGUCUGGGAAGAAGGCGGACGUCAAGGCUGAUAUUUUGAGUCCGACUGAGCGGUCCUGA